GCACGGUGUGCGCAAAGGCAAAUCUUAUCAGGAACUGCGGGGCAAAAAUUUCCCCAUCGGUCUCUGGUUUUCUUUCCGCCUCACCCUCGUCAGGAACAAAGCCUAGAUCAGCCAUCUUUUCUUGUUUCUAGAUCCUUACUUGUCAGUCCGUAUAUCUUUAAGCUAGGAAACCCUGCUAUCCACAAUGAGCGCACCCAACCCUUACGUCCUGGCCGCGGACAACCCCUCCGCCGUGCUAGAGCUGCUCCGGUCGAACCCCUCGAUCGCUUCGAACCAAGACGACCAUGGAUACUCUCUGUUACACGCGGCCGCUUCCUACGGACACAUUGACCUGCUGCGCGCCCUCGUCAAGGAGUUCCACGCCGACGUCAACCUCCUCGACGAGGACGGAGAGACAUGUCUAUUCGUAACGGAAGACGUCAACAUCGCAAAGUGCCUAGUCGAGGAACUGGGCGUCGACUACAACCGCCAGAACGACGAGGGACUCACGGCCCAGGAGACGAUCGGAGCUGACGACUCCUUCCCCGAAGUCGCCGCAUACCUGGCCCAGGUCAUGGGCAUCCCGACCCCGCCCGCCCAGCCCGCAGGCGCCCUGAACACGCCUGCGCCGCUGCCCCCGAAUGUCCAGAUGAACUUGGGGACGGUGUCGGAGCAGGAGGCGAACGCGGGUACCGACGAGGUGGACCCCGAGUUCAAGCGGAGGAUUGAUGAGCUGGCGGCUCGGGAGGACUUUCACAGCGAGGCGACGCAGAAUGAGUUGCGUCAGCUGGUUGCGGAUGCGCUGACGGGGUCUAAUAUUGAGACUGUCGAGAAGGAUAUUCGGAGGAGGACGGAGUAGAUUGGAUGCGUUGCGCAUGGCAUUUUUGCUCUCUUUAAUACCUCAAUACCCUGUCCAAAUUCAAUGAUAUAGCCCGAUCAGAGAACUGGAGGUCGACGUGACAGUGCGUCCGUCAGCAACCCUAGCUGCAUAUCCCAACUGCAGGUCUAUUGCAGUCCCAGCAAACCGUGGCCUACUGGACGUGUGAUUCUUGGAGGGAAGAUGGACGUUGUCCUGCCUUCUCUCCGUCCAUAAGACGCUGCGAAAGGUUGGCGACUACUAUAUAGGCACGGGGCAUUCUAUACAUGACCACAUUGGAAGUGAGUCAUUGGUAGAAUACACGCAGCAUACAAUCAAAGAUAGGGGUUUAUCUGGCAGUGCAGCCUAACAGGGUCACAUUCUACAAUCUUGUUGUGUUAUUCGCAUGCCCAAGUGCUUCCUAGAGAGGCUGUUAGACGCCUCGCACCAGCAUCAUCCUCUAUGCAGCCCAGAG